CUCUGGCACCAGCCUCCUGCCCCGGCCGUGCCCUCCGCCGGGAGCCGCGGACCGGGAGUCGCACCGCCUCCGGGGACCGCACCCCGCAUCCAGCCUCCAGCCCCUGCCUCUUGCUGCUCGAGGGCACACGACCCAGGCCAGACGUUUGGCUGAAGCCUGUAAUCCCAGCGGUUUAAGAGGCCAAGGCUUGAGCCCAGGUGUUGGAGACCAGCCUGAGCAACACAGUGAGACCCCCCCAUCACUACUAGAUAUAUAUUUAGUAUAAAUAAAUAAUACAUAUAUUUUUUUCUUUGAGACAGAGUCUCAUUCGCCCAGGCUGGAGUGCAGUGGCGGGAUCUCGGCUCACUGAGAGCUCCGCCUCCCGGGUUCAAGCGAUUCUCCUGCCUCAGCCUCCCACCACGCCCGGCUUUUUGUACUUUUUGUAAAGACGGGGUUUCGCCAUGUUGGCCAGGGUAGUCUCGAACUCCUGAUCUCAGGUAAUCCACCCACCUCGGCCUCCCAAAGUGCUGGGAUUACAGGCCUGAGCCAAAGCGCCCGGCCUUUUUUUUUGAAUGCCGUUUUCAGACAUGGUCUGUGACGGGCAGCCGUGACAUGAGGUUAGACCCUGCUUGGCUCGGACAGAACUGGCGACUUGUUUGACCUACACCAAGCUAUCCGACUAAUUUAGAUGCUGAGGCCCCUAAAGAGGGGUCAAGAGGGAGGCAGAUGUCGACCAAUAAGGAAACACUGGGCCGGGCGCGGUGGCUCACGCCUGUAAUCCCAGCACUUUGGCAGGCCGAGCUGGGAGGAUCACUUGAGCUCAGGAGUUCGAGGCCAGCCUGGGCAGGACAGUGAGACCCUCGCUCUACAAAACUAAAUAAACAAGGAAGCAGUGAAUUCCAAUGUAUUCAUCGCCAACUAGCCAUGUUGCUGGGUGUGCGCUCUCUCUUUUAGGCGCAAUGUGUCAUUUAGGCCUGUGACGUCGGAACUUUAUUAUUUGAACAUUUAAAAAUAAAUGAAUCCAAGAGGUUGAGGCACUUGGCCAAAAAUGCCCUGGAGGAAAAGGCCAAGUCAGGUACCCCAGCUCUAGAGCUACUAACUGAUCGCCGGAGACCCUGGGCCUUGGAAGAAGUCGCCUCCCCAGAUCUCUAAGCAGGCCGCGCGACCCUCAAGUCUCAGGUAAGCGGGAAACCCCACUUCACAAGAAAGCCCCUCUCUCCGAGGCACGGGCGCAUGCGCGGGUCGGCCUCCCGCUGGGGCCGCGGGGCAGCCGCUCUGGCCCGCGUGGGGCAGUCGUCCGCGUCUCGCUGAUGAUGACGCACGUCCGGGGCGGUGGGGAAGGCAAGAUGGCGGCGCCCAUGGAGGUGGCCGUGUGUACGGACUCGGCGGCCCCGAUGUGGAGCUGCAUCGUGUGGGAACUUCACUCGGGCGCCAACCUGCUCACCUACCGCGGCGGCCAGGCGGGACCCCGCGGCCUGGCGCUACUCAAUGGCGAGUAUCUGCUGGCGGCGCAGCUGGGCAAGAACUACAUCAGCGCCUGGGAGCUGCAGCGGAAGGACCAGCUCCAGCAGAAGAUCAUGUGCCCCGGGCCUGUCACCUGUCUGACUGCGUCACCCAACGGUCUCUACGUCCUGGCAGGAGUUGCAGAAAGCAUCCACCUGUGGGAGGUCUCCACCGGGAACCUUCUGGUCAUCCUGAGUCGACACUACCAGGACGUCUCCUGCCUUCAGUUCACAGGGGACAGCAGCCACUUCAUCUCGGGGGGCAAGGACUGCCUGGUGCUGGUUUGGAGCCUCUGCAGCGUGCUGCAGGCCGACCCCUCCAGGAUUCCGGCGCCCCGGCACGUCUGGUCUCACCACACGCUCCCCAUCACGGACCUGCACUGCGGCUUUGGGGGCCCCCUGGCCCGGGUGGCCACCUCCUCACUGGACCAGACGGUGAAGCUAUGGGAGGUCUCCUCGGGGGAGCUGCUCCUCUCCGUCCUCUUUGACGUGUCCAUCAUGGCGGUGACCAUGGACCUGGCUGAGCACCACAUGUUCUGCGGGGGCAGUGAGGGCUCCAUCUUCCAGGUCGACCUCUUCACCUGGCCCGGACAGAGGGAGAGGAGCUUCCACCCAGAGCAGGACGCCGGGAAGGUCUUCAAAGGGCACAGGAACCAGGUGACCUGCCUGUCAGUGUCCACUGACGGCAGCGUGCUGCUCUCAGGCUCCCACGACGAGACCGUGCGCCUCUGGGACGUGCAGAGCAAGCAGUGCAUCCGGACGGUGGCCCUCAAAGGCCCAGUCACCAACGCCACCAUCCUGCUGGCGCCCGUCAGCAUGCUGAGCUCAGACUUCAGGCCCAGCCUGCCGCUGCCCCACUUCAACAAGCACCUGCUGGGCGCCGAGCACGGGGACGAGCCGCGCCACGGGGGCCUCACUCUGCGCCUGGGCCUCCACCAGCAGGGCUCGGAGCCCAGCUACUUGGACCGCACGGAGCAGCUGCAGGCUGUCCUGUGCAGCACCAUGGAGAAGAGCGUGCUCGGCGGCCAGGACCAGCUGCGCGUCCGUGUGACGGAGCUGGAGGACGAGGUGCGCAACCUGCGCAAGAUCAAUCGGGACCUGUUCGACUUCUCCACGCGCUUCAUCACGCGGCCGGCCAAGUGAGGCCCGGAGACCCCGGCCCGAGGCGCCCAGGCGUGAGCCCCAUGCCUCCCAGCAACCAGGGCCCACGGGUGUGGCCCCCACCAGCUCAGGCCUGGACUCUCCUCAGUUCUGUGUCGUGUUCGGGUUUUUCCUCUGUGACUCGGCCGUCUUGGUGUCUCGUGGCACGCGUCACAUUGGUGCUAGUCUGUUUUUAACAAAAGAGGAUGAAAAGCU